AUGUCAAGUAAAAGAGAUUUUGAAAUUGGCAAUUUGCCUGAAGGAUUGAACGUCUGCAUUUCAGAAGGGGCGCCCAAGCAUUUAAACACAUAUUCCUUGGGAUUAAAACAAGAUAUAGACAAGUUUGGCCUUGCUGGUAAAAUAUGGCAAAGUGCUUAUACACUACAAGCAUUAUUUUCUCUUGAUACCCGAUCAGCUCUAGAGCCAUCUCAUCCUAUCCCAGAAAGCUACUACUCAACUUGUACAGAACCAGCACCUAAGGAAACCUAUAGAAUACUAGAACUAGGGGCAGGGACAGGCUAUGUAGGUAUUGCGUUAGCCAAACAACUAAGACGGCCAUGUCAAGUGUAUAUUACAGACUUGGAACAGGUUGUUCCUUUAAUACAAGAGAACGUCAACAUGCACUAUCGUCCUACAGAGAACGCGGCAGAGGUGAUCGUAGAGAGGCUACAUUGGGGAAACAGACAGGAUAGUGAGAGAUUAUUGGCAUUGGCUGGUGGUCAUUUUGAUCUUGUCGUCAUUAGCGAUUGUGUGUACUUUCCAGAGUUAUUUGAAUUACUGCUUUCUACUGUUUUGGAUGUAUGCGACAUGUCAACCAAGGUUGUCAUUGGAUACAAGUGUCGUUCGCUUGAGAAAGAGAUAGGCUUUUGGCAAGACUAUUUUGGAAGAUAUUUCGAAUAUGAGCCAGUUAGAAAAAUAGAAACUGAUGACGAAGGCAGUAAAGAAGUGGGUGAUUUCUUGGGGGCAGAAGAGCAGUUAUUCGUAUUUAUUGCAACUAAAAGGAGAGAAAAUGAGGUUAAGAUGGCAGACGAUACGUUUACUACUCUGUUAUUUUGCUCAAUGGGAUUAUGA